AUGAAGAGGACGGGACUCGGCCGCCGCUCCGUGGACAACUAUACGCUGCCGAAGAUUGCGUCCAAGAGCGGCUCAUUCAACGGCGAGUAUGGCAUCAAUGCUCCGUCCCGCCAGAGGCGCGCUCACCUUCGGGAGGAACCUGACACCAGAUUACCGCCAUCACUCAAAACCCGCCAGCGGCCAGACAGCCAGUUGGGCUUUACUUAUGCAGCAUCCUGUUUGGAGCUGUUGGGGUCGCCCGCCGACGCGAUGGUGAAGAUCUGGUUCCAGAACCGCCGAACCAAGUGGAAGAAACAGGACGGAAUCACGAACGCAGAGGCGAUCGAGCACAAGAACGCGGCUACCGGGAAGAACAAGAAGAUCGCGCCGGCGGCGGCCUCCGUCGCCUCCGCGGGUGUCGCGCACUCCGCCGCCGCCGCCACCUCGUCGUCGUCGUCGUCCUCCUCCUCCUCUUCCUCCUCCUCCACUGCAUCGGAGAUGAAUAACAAGGGCGCGGCGUCCGACGGGCCACCGCAUCCCCUACCUCCCCCCAGCGACGGCGGCAGCGCCCCCACCAGCCCCUCGCAGCUGAGCAACGUGGGCACGAGCGACCUUUCCAGCAGCGACGAGACUUCCCAUGGAGGAGGCGGCGAAGGCGGCGGCGGCGGUGGCCAUCUCAUGCGGCUGUCUCCGUUGUCCCACCACCAAGAUGCUGUCGCUGUCACUGCAAGGGACGCCCCAAGGGAUCUCUCCACCUCCACCUCCUCCAUCACCAACUCCGCCUCCACGUCCUUUAGCAGUAACAACACCAACAGUAGCGUCACCCCGAGCAAAGCCGAAGAUCAGCAUCAUAGCCACCACCACGCGUCGAGCACCACGACCUUCGAGGACCACAUAGUCAUCAAGGAGUUCGUCCCCAGCAACCUGGCUGCGGCGGCGGUAAGCUACAAGGGCGUCUCCGCUGCAGUCUCCACCACUCUGAAGUCUGCCACUACCUCCGCCUCCCUUGUGAAGUCCGUCGGAGAUCUCUCCCUCGCAAAGACGUCCGUGGCGACCCCGCUGACGAAAACGCUUAGCGUGAGCACCACCGCAUCUCCGCCGCAGGCGCUAGUGCCAAGAGGUUCCUCUCCGCCCCCCAUGUCACACGCCCUUCUGAGCGUCACGGCAACACCCUCGCCUGCCACCGCCGCUGUACAGAGAGCGGACAGAACCCUCGGCCUGGACACUACCAGUCAGAAGGACAUAAAGGCCAUUGAAAACGGCAAAAUGCGUAAUGACAGUGAGGAAGUGUCGUCUUGAUGAAGCUCAUUCCCUCACUGCUUGUGCUUCAGGUGGCUGAAAGUGGCGGUUUUUACUUAAGGAUUUCCCUUUUGGUGUUAUUCACUCUCAUCCAUCCUGCAGCGGAUCCUUUGCUAAUCCGCCUUCUUUUCGCUCCCCGCCUCGCGUCUCCUCGGCGGCGCUCGGACGGGCCGUGAGUCCUGCGGGCGGUGGGGAAGGAAGACGUCGCUCAAAGGACCCGAGUGAAGGCUAGAGAGACGAAUUAAUCAUACGCUCAUUCACUCACCGUGAGGAGAAUGAGGAACUACCGAAUUAUAUGUGCUUCGAGCAAUUCUCCGAAGCUUCACAACUCAUGUUUUCAAGUCAGAUUUCAGUGAAUGGCGUCGGUUUGUUAGUGAAUGUUAAGAGAACAUUGAAAAAUGUAUGCCUCUCUGUAUGAUCAUGCUAUUCGUCCAUGUACGCGUGUUCGAGGAGGUAAAAGUGACUCUGGAGUAGCAGGAUCAUUACAUAUAUCCCGCUGUUUUAAGUCGAAAUGUUUCUGUCGGACGGGAAACCAACCAUUCUCCCAAGUGCUCAAACGCAACACUCCAGGGCACUUGUGUUCAUGUGCAAUUAUUUGUAUUAAAUUCAUGUAACAAAAGAUAUAGUUGUUUCCAGAUUUUUACUUAUUUAUUUAUAUUUAUGACGAUUAUUUAAUGUUAUACAGAUCGUCUCUUUUUGUGUAAUUCAAACACAUUCUCUUAUUUGUGCCAUAUGAUUGGAAGACAACACUGAAAAAUCGAGAGAGAGAGAGUGAGUGAGCAAGUGAGUGAGUGAGUGAGUGCACUUUAUGAAAAAGAGAGUGCAAAAAAAGAAACCCCAGAGAAGAAACUGAAGUGUAUGUUAGAGGCUACAGACCGCGUAAUGAGUGAAUUCCAAAUAGCACUGGUAGGGGUCUUUGUCGUGUUAAAUUUAAACUCACAGAAGGAUAUGGGCAAAUAAGUGGGUAUAUUGUUACCAAAGAACGGCUCGCGUCAUUUCGCGCCUAAGGAGAAAAGGGAUAUUUGAGGGAACGUUGCCUUGGUCUGGAGACCAGGGCGAGGAGGAGCGCCCUCAGGGGGCAGCGAGAACAUCCAAGCAGCGCUCUAGCAAUAGGUGGGUUGUUAGGCUGAGGAGUUCACAGGGAGUUCUCGAACAAAACGAAGAUAGAUGAACAAAUUCGUGACAUAACUUAAUGAGUAAUUGUGGGUUACGAAAAAAUAUAAUAUAAUAUUGAUAAUCAAUAAGUACAAGUUUUUAAACUCAAAAAAUAAGUAACAUUGCUGUUAUUAACAUUUCGCACUUUUUAUGACUUUUUUCUGGGAUUUACAUUCCCAUAUAGAUUUACUACAUUGCCUUCCAUAAUGAAUUUGCAUAUAGCAUACGGAAAGCUCUCACUUGAAAGAAAGAAAAGCAAUCUGUGAAGAGGAAGACUUUGUUCUCGUUUACACGAGCAUUAGGUCACACUUGCGUUCAUCUUACCGAUCGUGGAAGCGGGGGCUCAGAGGGGGACCUCCGUGUCGACAACGGAGUGGUGGGGGGGAGGGGGAUACGUGCCUGGAACCAAAAGAAAAAACGCCACUGAUAUGUUUAAUCUAUUAUGUGUCGCUUGAAUAAAAGAAAUCCUUAUGUUAUACUUGUUCAUUUAUAAGGGUAUUAUCUGUAUCUCCCAUUGGAGCGUCACCGUCAGAGACAUCUCACGCUGACUGGCUCUCAGCAAGGUGUGACGUCAGGCCUAUGUAUAUAUCGGGUUACCAGUCAAGAGUCAGGAUGGCCAUGACGUCAUAAUCAUGAUGAGGCUGAGGCGACAGAUGCCAGGAAGUGUUUCUGUUGGAAUGUAUGUUGUCCGUAAGGUUGUUCUUUAAGUUGUUUAUGGAUGGUAAAAUCGCUUCUAGUCUACGAGUAUGUUUUCAGAAUUUUAUACGAAAUCAACUCAGUUUGAUUUUAAUCAUGAGUAUAUUAUAAGGUUUACACAACGGAUAAUGCGGCGUAUAUGACUCAUCAGCAAGCACUGUAUCUCGAUGUACUGAGUUACAAUAGCCGAAGUAAGAAGAAAUAUAUAUUUUGAGGAUAGAUUAAAAUCAAGAAACAAUCACAGCUAUCUUUACAUAUGAACAAAAGACAAAAGCAUUCAUGGAGACAUUGUAAAGUGAUUUAUGUGUGAAUAGCUUUUAUCCCAACAGAGUGCAGGCAGUUAGGGAAAGGUGGUCGACGGCCGGUCGCUGCGUCUGAUGUUUGUACACCAUUAAUGACAGUUGGUAUUAAUAAAA